CGAACGCGUCCAAAAGCGGAAUAAGUGGGCGUUUACAGGGGUUAGCCCGGUUACCGCUCAGUCACCGGACGCCAUUGAUUUCAAAAACAAAGUAUACCCUAAGGAGAUUCUAGGUGUUCCUUAUACUUCAAGUCCUGAUUAUUAGCCCACCUUCUUCACUCGUCGGCGCCUCCGUCUCUUUCCCCGUUAUGCGAUGGGCUGCUGUUUCUCCGAGCCAAUCGACUUCGACGGCGAGGUUAAUCUUUACCACUUCGACCUCCAUCGUGCAGUCGGGAGAGGUGCAUUUGGCAAGGUCCGUGUUGUGGAGCACAAGAAGACAAAAGUCGUGUAUGCGCUCAAGUACAUCGAGAAGAGUCAGUGUAUAAGGCAGAGAGCAGUGGCGAACGUCAUUCAGGAACGUCGGUUGCUGGAGGAGAUCGAUCAUGCCUUCGUCGUGAACCUACGCUAUGCAUUCCAGGACGACGAGAACUGCUUCUUUGUUCUGGACCUCAUGCUGGGAGGGGACUUGCGCUUUCAUUUAGAGAGAAAGGAUCACAUGGAGGAGAACGUGGUCAGGUUUUGGAUAGCCGAGUUAUCGUCUGGACUAGAGUAUCUUCAUCGUCAACGGAUAAUCCACCGAGACAUUAAACCAGACAACAUCCUGCUGGAUGUGCAUGGUCAUGCUCACCUCACGGAUUUUAAUGUUGCUAUACACUACUCGGAUCGCCGACUUCACACCAGUGUUGCUGGAAGUAUGGCGUACAUGGCGCCUCAAGUCAUAGGGAAGAAGGGAUAUUCAUGGGAGAUAGACUGGUGGAGUCUUGGUAUCACAGCUUAUGAACUCCUGUUCAACAGGCGGCCGUUCGAUGGGAAAACUGCGGACACAAUGAAGCAUUCGAUCCUAAGAGACCCCUUGAGGUUCCCAGAAAACGCGCAGAGUAUCUGUAGUCAAGCUGGGAUACAAGCGCUCAAAGGGUUUAUCGAGCGAGACGUGCCCACACGUCUGGGAUGUAGAAAGGGUGGACUUGGGAUGGAAGAUAUCCAACAGCAUCCUUGGUUUGCCAAUAUUGACUGGGAUGCUCUGGAGGAAAAAAGCCUGGAACCGCCGUUCGUUCCUGACAUGAAACAUGCAAACUUUGAUGUAUCACACGAACUGGAUGAGUUUUUGAUGGUUGAAAAACCCUUGACGCAUACUAAGCGCAGGGCUAAUGCGGACUUGGACAAGCUGAAGCCAGAGUUACGACAGCUAGAAGAGCAAUUCACUGUUUAUGACUUUACCAAGUCAAAACGAAAGUCAUAUUAUCCUGAUAAUCAACCUGUCACGACUUUCGCUACUGUAUCUGGUGUAUCUGAAGACCGGACACUGUCCCAGUCUCAGACAGGGUCAGUUAUUGGUCCGACAGCUACUGUUGCAGAACGGUCCAGAGCAGGCACCCCCAUGAGCGACUCAUUUGUCCCCCCACUCCCCGUCGAAGUCCACUAGACCAUCCUCCGCCACAUCGUUCAAGACUUGCCAUUAACGACACUCCCUUACGACGCUUCGUUCACCUCAUGACACCGGACGCUACUUUUAUUGACCAUAAUCCAAUUUACAGCCGCUAAUGCACUACACACAUAUCCCUUCAACACCACUUUCGCAUCUUUCCAGUUGCUUUUUUGAGGCCGUCGACCUCGCAGGUUCGGGUUGACCAUGAGCUGCAGUCAAAUUGAAUAGGUUUUCUGGAACGUUUGUUCCGUUGUACUACAUUUCAUCUUUAUUCUUCUUGUCAUGCUCGACACCGUGAUUUCAAUAUAAUGUGAAUUCACU